GACUGUUUUGGAUCUCCGCUUGAUGUCCUGACUGUGAUUUAUCUUGUGUGUAGCUGAGAUGUGUGAUCAGGGUGUGGAGGACGUGUUUGUGUUCUGUACCAGAGGAGAGCUGGUGCGCUACAGGGUGCCCUGUCUGCUAGAGGUUUAUUCUCAGAAUGGACUCAGAGUGCACCACCUCCCCUUCCCGGACGGGGGCGCUCCAGAGCUUCCUCAAUGCUGCUGCAUUCUGGAAGAACUGCAGCACUGCCUGCAGAAUCAACGCAAGACUGUCAUACAUUGCUAUGGAGGCCUGGGAUGCUCAGGGUUAAUUGCUGCAUGUUUGCUGCUGCAGCUCUCUGUCUCCAUAACACCCGGUGCUGCUCUAGAGAUCCUGAGGGAGCUGAGAGGAGGCGGAGCCAUUCAGACCAUCAAGCAAUACAACUUCCUUCAUGAGUUUCGUGAGAAGUUUGAAGCAUAUCAAGAAACCAAAGAGUGGCUUUCAGAGAGAUCAGUGUCUCGAUAAUCAACCUGACAUCCAGAUGAUGUAAAAGCAGAAAAAAAGACAAAUUACAUUAAUAGAAGUUUUUGCACUAAAGAUUUUCUCUACUUUAUGAAUGCAUUUGUUUCUUUUCUGAUGGCACUUUAUAAAAUUCUGUAUUUUUAUGUCUAUCUUAAAAGUUAAUAUAUAACUUUAUUUUUGCAAUUAAAUGGGUCUUGUUCAGUAAGUGAGUCCUAAAGGUGCAGUAAGUGAUUUCUGAGAACCACUGUUGGAAAUUAUCAACACCCAAACAAACAAUUUUGAUCUGUGUGUGUGCUGAACCAAAUUGUGUUUGAACAUAGUCCUGGCUGUGUAAA